AAGUUCCAGAUAGAUUACUGUAAAAUAGGUUCUUCUGCCGCUUCAUUGUAAGAUCGGCAUACGAGCACUAAGAAAGCAAAUCGGACAAUAAGGAUCAGUACUAAGUUAGAAGGAAACUAAGCAUCCGGCCCUAAGCAAAAAAAAAGGAUAGUACCGUCAGUGUCAUCACUUAAUCGGGUACAUCUGGGUUGGUGGAAACUAGGUCCGCGUGUAAAAGAAGAUCUCCGUUAUGGAGUCCCGGCCGAAGCAGGCUCAGGAUAUGGGCAGCGCAUAUGACAUGACAGACGGUCAGGGAAUUCUUUUCUUAAUAGAGUACCAGACUUCUCGGCUAUAUGACCAAAGAUCAGGUCUCCGACCAAACUUCCCUUAGCUACUUUGAAACUACACAUUUCACACUAAAUUCAAAGGGCUUAACGAUGCCAUAGUCUGUACACGCCUGACUUAUCCCUUAUUCAGGAUUGGUUAUUUUCUCAUACCGAAACGAACUUAGUUUCUCUAAUUCCAACCGGAGCGAUGUGGGGAACUUGCACUCCUGAUAACAAAUAAAAGCUGGAUUCUAUCUCUUCCUUCUGUGAAGCGUAUGAUCCUUCGGCACCUCUGGAGGUUUCCAAACCAAAGUAGCGGACUUAGCAGUCCCUACCCGAGUCAAGCCUCAUCCUUGGAAGAAGACCUUCCAACACGAUGACCUCAGCUUCAUGGUUGUAGCUGGUAGACCCCCCUUCUCACUUAAAGGGCGAAGUUCUAAAUCUUCCCGGAAGGGAUAAGGCAUAGCAAGCAUGCUAAGAGCGAAUCCCUCAGCUUGAAAGCGAGUUUCAGUGAUCUGAGGGUGAAUAGAUAGAAUACCGGAAUCGGAAUUCCACUAGUGAGGUAAGCCCGGUCAGGGCUAAUUCGAAGAUCUUAGUGAAUAGGGCAACUGUGGAAACUGACUUUAACAUUUCGGCAGGAAUUUCCAUUUAUUAAAACACUGGAAAAGGAAACGGAAGCUAAAAAAGAGGAUUGUCCCGUGACCAAUUGCACCUUUAAUGAAAUCAAGGAAUAUGAGAGCAGAUGGACGAGGCAGAAGUGAAUAAUGUAAUUCUGUUUCUAUCGAUUCUUAACCUGUAUAUUAAUGUUUCUUACAAGUCGAAUGUUGUUGUAUUCAAUAUGUCCGCCUCGGGAUCCCCGGGUGUUUUUCCUUACAUAAACCCGUAUUACACCAAGAAUGAAUUGACAAGCGCAUGACUUUGUUGAUAUAGCUUAGAUAGGGAAAAGAGACUCUACUGUGAAGGAAAGGAAGACGGAGCCCGCUAAAGCCCAAUAGUCCAGGGGCAUGAAAGAAAGAUGGAAGCUGAAAGAGUGUCUCAAACUUAUUAUCGACCAGAAUCUCACUUUCUUUGGAUCGCAAGUCAGUCUCUUAGAGUCCUUUCCUUAGUAGCAGGAUCCUAUCCUAUCAUAGGCGCACUCAGUUGAGUCUACUAGUUCAGGAGUGAAGGAAGGCUCCAAGUAAGUUUAUUCAAGCACUGGGAAUCUAUCGCUUUUGCAGACAAAGAAAGUAUUGCGAACAAAGUAAGACAGAUGGUCUUUCAAAAGAACAUAAAAGCACCACUUUUCCAACCAAGAAAAUAAAUGCUUUAGAAGCAUUCGCUCCUCGGUUCAAGAAAGAAGAAGAAGUCGGAUACGAGGUCAAGAGGAGGAGAUCGACUGGCUAUAAUUGGAGUUAGGUUCCGUCUUUGGCGUAGCCUUUCUUCGAACCUGUCUUUUCAGUGGUCAAGGCGGUAUGUCGAUCAUUCUAAUGAAAACAUCUCCCUGAUCCAAUUUAUGCCCGAGGACAGGGGGGAAGCGCUCUUCUGCUAGCUUCUUACUGCAAGACAUAAAGUGAAAGCCCCAUCAAGAGCCGUUCAAUAGUCCGUAUGCUUUCAAUCAUCAAUCGGUACACCACUUAAAAGUCAAAGUUUUUACAUCCGAUCAAGCAGCUGAAGGAAGCACAGCUUAACAGCCAGCACAAACUUGAAUGAAGCCAGUCGGCGUAGCGCCUUAUGCCUCUACGGAUCUCGAUUAGCCUCUUCUAUGGAAGAAGGUUUUUCCUUCAUUCCCCUUCUCUUCCUUUCCCAGGUUACUGGAUUGGAAUUUAGAAUAGCGGUUCCAGAGGAGCGUAGCCGAUUAAGGAAAGCAGUCUACUCAUGUAGUUAAGAAGUAACUCUUCAAGCAUGGUAAGCAGGCACGUAUGGAAUGAAGGUAGGUCAAUCACUCUUACUUUAACCCCCGUGCCCAGCAUUGAUCCCGGAGCCGGAAAGAAGGAUUGUUUUUCUGUCUAGUUUAGACGGUCUUGUCUAUGAUGGAGUAUAGAAAUGUGAGAUUUGUUAUCUCAAGUUCAGAUAGCAUCAGUAACCACUUCGCCAUUCUCUUAAAUAGGGCAGGCUUCUCUGAUUGCAACAAUCGCUCUAUUCCCUUUGCCUAUUAGGCGAAAAGAGUAGCUGAAGCUUUAAGAAAGAAAGUGUGCUUACUUCGGGGAUGAAGAAUCAGUUGAACUCACUCGACUAAGAAUCCUAGAAAGUGGUGCCCUUGGUUCAGUCUUUAGAGAAAGUGCUGUUGAUUCGGUCCUUUCUUUCAGCAGUUGGCGCGUAAUAUCCAUCCCCAUCUGUUAUUGUAACUGACUCUCUUCAAUAGAUGAGCCUUGGUCGUCCUAUCCGCAAGAAUGGCAAGCGCAGACCGGGAACCUAGGCCAAUUGAAAGUCACAGCCGUUUGAUAGCCCUUUUCGUAAGAUCCCUUAUCAAUUGUCCUAAUAGAGUGAUUUACCUGAUUAAAUGAAGGCGCAGGAUUUCCCACCCGUUGUAAAAUAAGGGAAGUUUCCGUCCACACCUAGCUAGCAUCGAAGAGCAUUCAUUCCGUAUCCUCCAUUAUCCUACUUUCUUUCCUUUCCGUUUUCGAAAAAAGAAAGAAGAAAAAAGCUAGCGCUAAGCAAAGGGCGAGGAUAAGCGCACAGAGAGAGCUUUCAAGUAAAGAUGUCAGAUCGAAAGCCUCCGGAAUUGGAUAAGAGGUGAGGUUCACCUUUCACCCUAGUGGGAAAAGAAGAAGGAGUUUAUUCCCUUUGAAGAAUAAAUGCUUUUAAGCCCCCCUUUGUAAGUGAAGGAAAAAGAGGCUGUCUCAGAUCAUGGGAGAGUCAUCCGUCUAAGGAGAAGAGGCGCCGAGAUAUUAAACAAAGGUCUUGUCACGAGCUGGGGCAACGCUUUUAUCCGCAUAGGAUCUGGGCUCGAACCAGCGCUUUCCAGAUUAAGAAUCCGGAUUUCCAACCUUUCAAUAGUCUUAGUGCGCUUUCGAUGUAGAAAAUAGCGUAUGUAAAGGUAAAGAAAGUAGGUAGUAUGUAGGUUUGUAUGAUAUGGGCUUCAUUCCUUCAGUUGGAGUUCAUGCCUUACCGAUGUAUAUAAAAAUUAUCGUAGUGUAGUUCUCGUAUUAUAGUAGUAGGCAACAAAGUAGCUUUAACGUGAACAGCGCUUUGUCCUUUAUUUAUUUAUUUCUAAAGAGGCGGCAACUGCGCUGAAUGAUAAUAAAGCCAAAAGUCCCAUGCAUCCUUUCUUUCUUUGGUCAACAACCAAGCACAACUCAAUAGAAUGAAUUCUUCAAGACUCCUACAUGACUUUCUGUCUGGAGGGAAUCAAUUUUUCUCAAUCAAUCACUACACUAUGUUUCCACUCCAUUUUCAUUACGAAGAUGUCUCACGUCAGGAUCCGUUGCUCAAACUGAAUCACGCCAACGUUAUGGAAGUUCCUAGAUCGUGUGAAAUAAGACUAGUACCAAAGGCACCCUAUGAUUUCAUAAUCCAAAAUGGAAAAUUGGCUAUGGAGAUUCCGCGCGGUCAGAAAUUAAUACAGACACACAGGGGUUCGACAGGAAAGUCGUUUCGAUCAAAUCCAUUCUUGGGGUCAAAUAAAGACAAAGGAUAUGUCAGUGACCUAGCACGACAAAGCACUCUCCGAGGGCAUGGAAUGUCUAAUUUUUCGGUAAGAAUCUCGACAGUAAUGUCUCUGGUGGAUUCUCCGGUCGAAAGACGGCUAAACUCAAUUCAAUUCUCGAUGGAAACGGAGUUGUUCGAAUUCUCCCCGGAACUGGAAGAUCAUUUCGAGAUCUUCGAACAUAUUCGAGGGUUCAAUGUGACUAUUGUAACUUCGGCCAACACACAAGAUGAGACUUUACCACCGUGGAGCGGCUUUUUGCAAAAAGAUGAGGGAGAUUCUGAGUAAGAGAUGUUAUGGACGAAUUGUUUGAAGCGUUUCUUCCCUUUAUUGAAAAAGUUGGAGAAGCUGCCGGGCUUAAGGAGGACUCUGAUGCCACAUCUUCACUUGACUUCAAGCAGGAAGUAGACCAGCCGUCUGAAGCCUUUAAGAAUAGAAAGAAGGUUGAGGCUGAUUGGACCCUCUUCGUGCCUGACUUCUCUAUUGAUCUGACCGGCUCGAUUGAGACAGAGAGUAAAGGUGCGAAUCGGCUAAAAGGCUGAGUCCGAGACUGGGAGAAGAACUUGCAAGAAAUGCAGACUUCGCUCCGCACCUUUAGGUAAAGAUCCCCAAUGUCCAAUCUUCCUUUUAGGAGAUAUUCUUUUAUGUAACUUCCGGUAAGAAAGGGGAUAGAUUAUCGAAAAAAAGAUGUGCGCACGAGAGGAUUCUAACUUUCAUACAUAGAAGAAUGAUUGGCAAAGCACUCGAACAAAGCCCUUAGCUUCUAACUUCAUUCAUUCGAAAGGUCGCUGGAAUUUAGUUAGGAGCAAAUCCGUCACUGGACGAGGAAGGAAAGGGAAGGAAGAUAUGUACAAGAGAAAAAGUAUAUUAGAAAGCGUUAACAAGACUAUCAGACCAAGAACAGAACUGCUGGAGGAACAACUACCUAAGGCUGAAAAUGACAUAGAAUAAGUGGAAUCUCAUGCACACUUUGAGGGAGGUGGUUAACCGGUGCUUAGAGAACUACCUGGGAUGCCGAUAGACCAAGGGAAUGGGUACGUUGGUUACCCUGGGCAGAAUAGUGGUACAAUACCACUUAUCAUUCGGCAACCAAACAAAGACCGUUUGAAGUGGUAUAUAGGCGCCCACCGCCUCUAAUUACGUCCUAUACUCCUUAGUCCAACAAAGUGCAUCAAGUUGAUUGCGACUUACGCUAGGGAUUGUGUUUUGCAAUUUGGAAAGGAGAAUUUGCAUGGAGCUCACAGGCCCGGGGACCCUCUAAGUAUGGGGAGUGCCACUACUGCUUUCAUUGUUCUACUAUUGAGUUGAGUGCAAGUCUCGCUCAUUGAAUUGCCGCGGUGGCCUCAAGUGCUGAUUUUCAUUUCUUCGUUGAACGUUCCGGUUUUGGUAAGCGGUUUGACUGCUUUCCUUGAGAAGGUGGUAGAUUGUGGCUAACACUAUUCCGAAUCGGUGUCCCUGGGGCCCAUACAGUACCAGGGGAGCGAGCCUCUUUCCUAUCCUGGGAAGUCAGACAGUUAGCUUUCAUCAGUCUCGGGUCACUAAACUUGAGGAAAAAGGCAUAUAAACUUAGUCUUGCAAGAAAAUACUUAGUAGAUUGAGAAGCAAUAAAGUUAGAAAGAGCUUAGGUGCCUAAGAGGAAAUCAGGAAGAAGAAGUUCGAGACUUUCCCCUCUCCUUACUCAGAUUGACUUUCUAACCCACCUUGAUUCAGGCAAGCAAGUAUGACCAGCAAGCAGUCUUUCUUCUUCUCUUUUGUUGAUAGAAGCUUCCCCACCUAAGGAGAUUGAGCUGCAAGCUUCCUCUAAUACAAGCUCGAUCGGAUUCGAUUUUCUAUCUCUUCAAGCCCGGAUGUAGAAAGUUAGUCAAGUAUGGAAUUAGACUUAGCAGUUACAGGGGACUGAAGCCUAAGAGAAGAGGAAGUCAGAGAUUGAUAGUCUUUUCUCUUAGGGCAAAAGCUCGUACUUGAGAAUCAAAGUCAGACUCAGUCUUUGGAAUCCCUUAAAGCAAGUCUAAAGGCUUACACACAGCUCUAUUAUUUGAUGAAGUUGCAAUUGAGCUUUGCCCGUCUAUUCACUGAUCAGGGGACUAUCAAUGAAGAUUCUCCUUUAGCACCUAGAGGAAAUUCCGUAGGCUAGACUUUCCAUUUGUGAGAUUGAGUCAUGUCAGUAUUCAAAGAAGAAGUAGAAAGAUGUAGGGGAAAGAAUCCAUAUCUUUAUUAACUUCUCUGAAUGUAGGGCUUGUAGUUGAGAAAAGUACCUCUAACUAUCACUUCAAGCCGUCAACUGUCCAAUAAGCGAGUGAGGUGAGCAAAGGAAAGAUAUGAAACUUCAACAGACUCUUCAACAGCUGCGCAACCUUAUCCUCAGUUUGACUUAUGGUUUUAAGAGGGGAAAUCAGAUCGGAUUGAAUUCAUUGAAAGUUGACCCCUAAGCAGUCCCAGAAGUCUCAGUCUAAGUACGUCUUACCAAUCCCGACAAGGCUAAGAUAGGUGAGAGCCCGAGUUAACUAUUUAGAUGAAGAUACUGAUCUAAAGGCUGAGUCAAUGCCUUAUUAUAAGAUAAUCAUCUCCUUUAUCCGUGAACUAACUAAAGAAUCAGCAGAUCCGAUAGCAGCUAACAUUUCUGUGGGCUCGGGGAAUGCCUCUUCACCUUAAGCAGUCCAUUAAGUAGCGGACUGAAUUGCUAUUGUAUUUCCCCUGCAAACUCUUUGAAGUUAAGUCAGCUUAGCGCUUGAAGCGAGAGAAGAUAGGAGGUCGUCUGCCC